AGUAUCCAUUCAGCUCCUCCCCCAAGUUCUUUCAGACCAAUUGGUGGAAAAAAAAGGAAUGACUCUUUCAUAUCAACAAGAUCAGUAGCUUGUUCACCACAGCCUUCUUUAAGGAGAAGGAGUCCUCCAUUAUCUCCAAGAAUGGGUCCUCAAACAGAACUUGAGGGUUCUCCUUAUCCUCCACACAGAGCCUCAUCUCCCAUCCAAAGAAUGGGAUCUCCAAGACCAUUGUCUCCUUCUGCUUCUAGAUCUCAGCGACCUCUGUCCCCUACCCCAUCAAGACUUUCUGGUAGAAUCCAGCAAGACUCACAAAAUCUACCAAGCCAUUCAUCCACUCGCAGAUUCAGAGGAUUUGGCCGAAACAAAGUACCUAUGGGUACUGUUAAACCGUCCCCUGUCAAUCCAGUUUUCCGAAGAAGAAGCCGUCAAGAUGCUCCCCUAAUGCAGAAUGUUGCUCCACUCAGAUCCUCCAUUCAUAAUGGAACAGUGGGUUCAGGACCUAUGAGUCGAAGCACAACCACCUCUCCUGUUAUGUUAACAAGACAAGGUUCUAGAGUAACAGGAUUCAGAGACUCAAAAAGAUUUUUCCCACCAGGAACUCCAAAUGCUCAGAGAGGUUUUCAUAGACCUGUUGGGAGAGGUCGUCCUGUUGUAAGAGUACCAAUAAAUCCUGUUCCAGUGAGGCAGUCGGUAAGGGGGGCAAGUCAUCCUGUUGUAAUGAAUGGCCAAGCACCUUUCCCACAACAAAUUUCAAUGAAUGGCCAAGCACCUUUCCCACAACAAAUUUCAAUGAAACAGCCAGCACCACCAUCACCACAACUUUCCCUCAGGCAUAUACCAAAUCCAGCUCUUUCACCUCAGCUAUCAACAAGACCAGGUUCACCUCAGCUAUCAAUGAGAUCUGGAUCGCCACAGCUUCCAAUAAGACCAGGCACACCUCACCUCCCAAUGAGACCAGCUUCACCUCACUGCCCAGCGACACCUGGCUCACCAAUAGCGGUACACUCUCCAUUACCUGGGAAUCUCUCAUCGCCUGUAUUAACAAAUGCUUUGCAUAAUCAAGCCAUUAAUCGUUCCUCCCUCAGGUCUCCAUUUACACCUGGUCUUCAGCCUCAGGAGGUGACGUCUUUUGGUCAGACAGUUGUGCAAGGUCCCUCUCUUCUCUUAUCAAAUGCUUUACAGAAUCCACAUCUCUCCACUACUUCUUAUAAUUCACCUCUUCAGAGAUUCAAGUCUGUUCAGUCUCCACUUCACAUACCGCAGAUCAAUCAGGGUGCAAUUCAGUCUCCUUCUCCAGUUUUGACGAAUGCAUUGCAGAACCCACAGCUCCGUAAUGCUGUGUAUAGCUCACCCCUACAGCGACCUGUAUCUCCCCAUUCAGGAGUGACACCACCACAUGUUCAGGCUACUGAUCAAAGCUCUAUAAUGCUGAGUAAUGCUCUACAAAAUCCUUAUCUUCGCAGUGCUUCAUUCAGCUCCCCCUUACAAAGAAUUGCAUCUCCACAUCCAAUGGUAGCACAGCAGGACACCCAGAAAAAUAUGCAGUCUUCUUCAGUUCUUGCAAGUGCAUUGCAGAAUCCUCAUCUGCGAAAUGCCUCAUAUACCUCACCACUUCAAAGAAAUGUAUACACUCCAAUGGUGACACAACCUAAUCAACAAACAGCACAAGUUUCACCAUCUUUAUUGUCCAGUGCACUACAGAACCCUCAUUUACGCAAUGCCUCAUACACUUCUCCUUUACAGAGAAGUCCUACACCUUUUCGUCAAGCACAAGGACCUUCUUCUAUUUUAUCUAGUGCAUUAAAGAAUCCAAACAUCCAGGGUGCUUCUUUUCGACUACCUGAUGGGUCAAUAAUAUCUAGAAACUCAGGCAGUGAAAGAGAGGACACCACCCCAUCUCUUUUGUCAAAUGCUUUGCAAAACCCAAGUCUCCGUAAAGCAGCUUACAGGUUGCCAGAUGGUACAAUCACACUUAGAAAUGAAGUGCAACAACCAGCUUCAUCUCCUUCUCUGUUAUCCAAUGCCCUUCAAAAUGCCAAUGUUCGAAAAGCAUCUUACAGACUCCCUGAAGGAUCUAUUUUGUCUCGAAGUUCUGAACAAGUAAAUGAAACAAAACCAUUUUCACCUUUUUUAGGAAAUGCUCUACAGAAUCCCAACCUUCGUAAAGCUUCUUACAGACUCCCAGAUGGAACUCUCCUAUCUCAAAAUCAAAAGACAGAAAUGUCACCCUCCCCUAUUCUUUCAAAUGCUCUUCAGAACACAAGCCUCCGAAUGGCUUCGUACAGGCUUCCUGAUGGAACACUUUUAACCAAGAGCUCUGAACAGGAAGCAGAACAAAAUAUUACAUCCCAUUUGUCAAGUGCUUUGCAAAAUGCAAAUCUUCGCAGUGCUUCUUAUCGACUGCCCAAUACCUCAGGCCUAUUCAGAAACCCCAACAAAAAAGAACAAACCUCAGUGCUGUCAAGCGCGCUUCAGAACCAAAAUCUUCGUAAGGCCUCCUACAGACUGCCAGAUGGAUCAAUCAUGGCUAGGGGUAAAACAGCUGAAAGUGGUCAACCCUCUUCACCAUUUCUGGGAAAAGCACUGAAGAAUACUAAUUUACAUAAAGCCUCCUUUAAGUUGUCCACAACUUUCGGGAGUUCUCCAGAGGACCCAAGGUAUGCAGUGGUGACACCUCAGGUUCAGGGUCAACCUGGUGAACACUGGGCACAAAUCCAAACAAUAGAUCUUCAUGAGCCAGAUGAUGUCUGGUCUUCAGAAAGAGUCCUUCCACAUCAUACUGUGCAGAACCUCACAAAAUGGUCCAUGUACAGGGAUGAAGAAUUGGUGGAUUUUGUCAUUCCUGUGUAUCCUGGGCAAGAGGCUGAUGGUACUGAGCCUGAGUGGUUACCAGACAGGGAGGGUGAACCUCAAGGGCACUGGUAUGAUAAGGUACAGCUAAUAUUUUGGACAUAA